UGUACAGCUAUUGCACUCUCUGGCAUUUCACGCUCACGCGCCGUUUAUCCGCGAACAUAGACACAAUGUGUUGCUAUCGUCAACAUCAUCACUUCGCAGUGCUUUCCGAAAUCCGCAACUCAGUUUAGCGGUAUUCGCGAUCGUGGCAACAAGAGCCAAUUUCAUUUUCUCCAUAGUGGCAAUUUUCUUUGGGUAACGCGGAACUCGACGCACACUUUUGACCCUAAAAUCUACAGCAGCCAUUUUCGUUUCUGGCCGAAUUGUGGUCACCAGUGUUUCUAAAAGGUUAAUAAUUUUGAAUUAUAAUCAGCCGCAAUGGAGAACAAUGGACCAUCAGCUGGUUCGUACAACAACUUCCGUGUCCUAUAUUUGAUCACGCAAAUGGUCGGAGCAGCUAUAGUGAUUAUGGUAGGAUCUUGGAUUGGCGCUCAUCUUGGUGGUCUCGCGUGGACCUCGCGGCCAUCGGUGCAAUUCAAUUGGCAUCCACUGCUGAUGACCAUGGGCAUGAUCUUUCUGUACGGAAACUCAAUUCUUAUCUAUCGAGGAUUUCGCUAUGCACGCAAAAAGCCCUUGAAAAUCACUCAUGCCGUCAUUCAUGGAUUGGCGUUUAUUUUUACCGUUAUCGCAUUGGUGGCUGCCUUCGAUUCACACAACUUGGCCAGUCCCCCACGACCGAAUAUGUACACGCUACACUCGUGGGUUGGAAUGGCAGCUGUGGUUAUCUUUAGUCUUCAGUACGUUUUUGGAUUUGUAUCCUACCUAUUCCCUGGAGUUCGAGACACCCUACGAGCUGCCUACAUGCCUAUACACGUGUUCUUCGGAGUGCUGGGCUUCAUACUAGCCAUCGCAGCUUCUCUUCUUGGACUGCUGGAAAAAGCAAUUUUCUCGAUGCCCAAUUAUGCGCAGCUGCCAGCCCAAGCCGUUUUAAUGAAUACUAUUGGUCUACUUAUGGUCGUUUAUGGUAGCCUCGUAGUGUUCCUGGUUACCGAACCAAUGUACAAACGUAAACCAUUGCCAGAGGACGUGAUGUUAUUGACGCACAGUGCAUCUUCUCAAUAGAAGAUAGAAGAGAAGAAGAAGAAAACAACUCCCGAAUAAGCUACAGUUAUCUGAACAGUGGUGUCUAUAUUAUCUACAACACGAGGGUACUUAUGAGUGCUAAAGUAUUUUUCAUUGUUACCAGUCAUCCCAUAAAAACUAUGAAUAGCUCAAAAUAUUACUUAUAGUAAAUAUGUUUUUAUGAUCCUCAUUGUAAAUUAUACUCUUAUACGCCUACAAA